GACGCUCCACGAAAAUGAUCAAGGGCGGAGCUGGGUCGGGCGACUUGGAGACUCUUGUUGGUGCAUUACCUCUCACCUAAUUUCUGUGAAUCUGACCAACAUGAACUUCCGCGACGCUUUCCAUCACGAAUAUGAACUCAUCUAGGCAUACCAUGACAUUAAGAUACCCCGAGCACCCAACCCACGACGAGCGUGAGGCUUUGAAGAACUACUUCUAUCUAACUUCAAGAUUGUACCCUUGUGGCGAAUGUGCCUCACAUUUCCAAAAAUUACUCAAAGAAUAUCCUCCCCAAACAGCCACCCGUAAAACGGCUUCAUUGUGGUUAUGCCAUAUCCACAACCUUGUUAACAUUCGUCUAAAAAAACCCGAAUUUGACUGUGGGAAGCUCGAUACGACAUACGAUUGCGGUUGUGGACCUAACAACACAACAUCGUCCCACCUGUCUUCUACUUCCAAUUCUAACUCUGCCCCCACCACCAUCCCCAAAUUGGAUACAAAGGACGUAAAGGUUGAGGACGAGUCGUCCCCAAGGGGUGAGCCAGUGAAGAAGGAUGAGAUUACGGGGGUGGACAUGAUUCGAGGGGGUGUACGAAAACGAGAGCAAGAUGGACAAUGAACAACAGUUACGAAAACGAUCCUUCCUAGGAGAAGAUUGGUA